GCAUCAUGCUUGGAGUCCUCUUUGCUGUGUUGACUUGGGCAGCUGCAGCCUUUGGCUGCGGGGUUCCUGCCUACCCACCUGCUGUGUCUAGAGUUGUUGGAGGGGAAAACGCAAGACCUUUCAGCUGGCCCUGGCAGGCCUCCCUUCAAUACAGUUCCAAUGGCAAAUGGCAUCACACCUGCGGAGGAACCCUCAUUGCAACCAACUGGGUGAUGACAGCUGCACACUGCAUCAGUUCUUCUAGGAAAUAUCGAGUAUAUCUUGGAAAAUACAACCUAGCAGCUGUGGAAGAAGGAUCAAUUGCACUUCCUCCAGAAAAAAUCAUUGUCAAUGAGAACUGGAAUCCACAGAAUGUUGCAAAUGGGUACGACAUUGCUUUGAUCAAACUCACAGAACACGUCACCUUAAGUGACCACAUUAAGCUGGCCUGCCUUCCCCCUGCACAAAGCAUCCUAUCAUCCAACGCUGCCUGCUAUGUGACAGGAUGGGGAAGACUGCAGACAAACGGAGCUCUUCCAGAUGACCUGCAGCAAGGCCUUUUGCUGGUGGUGGAUUAUGCAACUUGUUCCAAGCCUAGCUGGUGGGGAAGCACAGUGAAACGCACCAUGAUUUGUGCUGGUGGGGAUGGAAUCACCUCCAGUUGUAACGGUGACUCUGGUGGCCCACUGAACUGCCAAGGUCCUGAUGGCAGGUGGGAAGUGCAUGGUGUUGUCAGCUUUGGCUCUUCUCUCGGCUGCAACUUUUAUCACAAGCCUUCUGUCUUCACUCGGGUCUCUGCUUACAAUAGCUGGAUCCAGCAGGUUAUGGCAACCAACUAAUCCAAAGAGAACUGGAUGAUAGAUGCCAGGAAGGAAAACAGUUUGAAUAAAGUCAUAGUCACGACACCUUUGACCACAAAGAGCUGGGAAAUUAUGCUUUUAAC